CUCGAGGUGAACGGCCAGUCCAUCGCGCUCGAUCAUAUGGGCCCAAUGGUCGUAAACAGAGACGGGACCAUCUCGCGGAUUGGGAACUGGGGUGAGAUGACAGAGAUAGAGAGGUCCAAUACGCUGCGGAUCCUGGGCAAGAGGAACCAGUUGCGACUGGCCGCUCUCAGG